UUCUCAUGGAUCUCCCACCACUUUCUCAUCAACAAGAAAACAACAACAAGAAUAAUAAUCUCUUGUUCAAAUUUGUAAAGAAAUAUAUGUAUCAUGUAUUAUUUUUUCUAUUUUUAUUCUUUUCUUCUAUUCUUUUCUACAAUUUACUAAGCCCACUUUAUCAUGACCCUCUCGUAAUUGCCAAUAUUAGUUUUUUUUCCAAAAAUUCUACUUGUGAUUACUCUUAUGGAAAAUGGAUUUGGGAUGAAAAAUAUGUUGUUGAUCAAUAUAAUGAGAAUUGUCCUUUCUUGGAUCCCGGUUUCCGGUGCCGGAAAAGUGGUCGCCGGGAUAUGGAUUACCGGAAGUGGCGAUGGCAACCUCAACAUUGUCAUCUUCCAAGGUUCAAUGCAAAGGAUUUCCUCGAACGUAGUCGAAAUGGUCGAAUAGUGUUUGCUGGAGAUUCAAUUGGAAGAAACCAAUGGGAAUCUAUGAUAUGUAUGUUAGCACAAGGUGUAUCUAACCAAUCCACCAUAUAUGAAGAAUUUGGAAACCCCAUAACCAAACACAGAGGUUAUCUCUCUAUGAAAUUUCAAGAGUACAACCUUACUGUUGAAUAUUACAGAGUACCUUUCCUCGUAGUCGUUGAUCGUCCUCCCGCGAAUGCAUCGAAAGAAGUGAGAGGAGUGAUCAGACUUGAUAAGCUGCACUGGUAUUUCACAAAGUGGGUUGAUGCAGAUGUAAUUAUAUUCAAUGCUGGACAUUGGUGGAAUGAAGACAAAACUAUUAACAUGGGCAUUCAUUUCCAGGAAGGAACAACGGUGAACAUGACGAUGGAUGUUGUGGAGGCUUUUCAAAGAUCCUUGAAUACUUGGGCGUCGUGGGUGAUUCAAAAUACCAAGCCUGAAAAGAGUCACAUCUUCUUCCGCAGCGUUUCGCCAGUACACUACAGGGAUGGAGCUUGGAAUGAGGGUGGCCAUUGCCACACAAAUACAGCACCAGAAACAGACUAUACCAAGCUGGAGAAAGAGCCAGCCAACAAUAUAUUCAUUUCUGAGGUAGUUGAGAAAAUGCAAAAAACAAGAAGAAACGUGACCUUCCUAAACAUCACAUAUCUAAGUGAGUUCAGGAAAGAUGGUCACCCUUCAAAAUAUCGUGAACCUGGCACCCCGGCUGGUGCACCACAAGACUGCAGCCACUGGUGCCUACCGGGAGUGCCAGACUCUUGGAAUGAACUUCUUUACGCCUAUCUACUGUUGAAUGGAUAUAGAACCAAGUUGAAAUGAAUUUGACGGUAGAACUAUAUGAUUAGCUGUUUUCGUAUGCUUUAACCUGGGCUAUUCAUCAGCCUUUUCAGUUGGAUUCACCUCAGUUUCCAUUUCCUUGACUUUCUCAAGCUGCCUUAGGAGGUCUAAUC